AUGGAUAACUAUUCAGUGGUAAAAGAAUUAUGGUUCCAAAAAAAUAAGAAUUUUUUUGAGGAAAUAAAGCCAAAUGAACACCAAUUCAAAAACAGAAUAAAGAAGCUGGUGUUUGAAGGAGGUUACAGAAUGAAGGGUAGUAAAUGGAAUCAAUCUUAUGAUCUCCAGGUAAUAAAUUUCUUUAAUUUGGGAAUUAGACCCAACAAGUUUCAAUGUAUCAAAAGUUGUUACUUGUCUCCCCCUCCUAUUGGAUAUACCAUGUUUUGCUGUGAUGGAUCAUCUUUUGGUAACCCAAGGGCAGCUGGCCUUGGUAUUGUAGUUAGGAAUCACUUGUGUCAGGUGAUUGGUGCAUUAUCAGGAGGAAUUGGUGUUACUACUAAUUAUAUUACAGAAAAUUUUGCUGUGCUAUGUGCCACUGAAUUGGCAGGUGAAUGGAAACUUCUAAACAUAGUCAUUAGCUCAGAUUCUAAGGCAGUUAUUGAUGGAUUUCUUAAAGGGAAGGUUCCAUGCUUUAUAAAGAAGAGAUGGCAGAAGGCUGUAAGCAGAAUAUCUUCAAUCAUUUUUCAACAUUGCUUUAGAGAAAUUAAUUUCUCAGCUGAUACUGUUGCAAAAAAGGGGAGCUAA